AUGAUUAAACAACAGCAACCACAACAACUUAAGGCACAAAGCACCCAGGUCCCUCAGACCAUUACAUACGCCAUAUAUGCAUAUAAUUCAAAGACGGCAGAACAAACGCAAAGGUUGAAAUAUGGAGAUUUGGAGAUAGUAUUGAAAAAUGACCAUUUCGAAUUCGUUUGCAAAGGUGGUGCAGUGAUAUCAAAUAUAAAAGAAAUUUUAUUUAUGAAUUCAAAAAUUAAAGGAAUAACGGAUGAUAUAACAUCAAUUCCACCAGAAGAACAAAGAUAUUACGCAUUAAAUGCAUUUCCUAAAGUUUUGAAGAUUGGAAGAUUUAAUUUAAAUGAGGAAUUCAUAAAAGGUUUCCUAAAUGACAUAAUGAAGAAGGCAGAUAAAACAUAUGUCAACAGUGAGUUAAUGAAGAAAGCAGAUAAGGAAUAUGUGGCUAGUGAGUUAAUGAAGAAAGCAGAUAAGGAAUAUGUCAACAGUGAGUUAAUGAAGAAAGCAGAUAAGGAAUAUGUCAACAGUGAGUUAGAGAAGAAGGCAAAUAAGGAAUAUAUGGAUAGUGAGUUAAUGAAGAAGGCAAAUUUGGUUUAUGUUGAUGAAAAAGAUAAUGAAAUUAAAGAAAGGGUUGAAUGGUAUCAUGAAUGGACAUCAAAGAUUUUAAAAACUAAAGCUGAUACAGGAUGGGUUUCAGAAUGUUUAGACCUUAAAGUGGAUAAAACUUAUGUCAACAGUGAGUUAGAGAAGAAAGCAGAUAAUGAAUAUGUCAACGGAAUAUACCAAAGUUUGAUAGGAACAACUAAAAAUAUUGAAACUAUUGUUGGUGACUUUUCUGUCUAUGAAGAAAAUAAAUAUUUUAGAUGGCAAUUGGUACACUCCUUAAAAAAUGGUAUACGGUGUAAACUCAUUCCGAAAAAUAACAAUGAAAUGUAUGUAAGCUAUAUAAAGAAUGAUGGUACACAAGUUAAAGUUCCAUUAGACAACAACUGUUACUUAAACUUAUAUGGAGACGAACAAAAGAAAUAUUUAAGAGUUUAUGAAAUGACAGAUAUGACAUUGCCUAACCCAGCUCCAGUACCAUAUUAUUAUGACUAUGGAGAUGAUGUCAGAACGCCACAUGUAGAUGAACAAAAGUUAACAUUAUAUUUAGAUUAUUAUAGAUAUAAAAGAUAUAAUGCAAUAGAAAAAACGAGAAUAGUAUAUUAUUAUAUAGAUGACAAAAAUAAAUAUUAUAGUCAAGAUUUUACCUACCCUGAAAACAUAAGAUUAUAUUAUAAAAAAUAUUCUAACACAAACCAGAAGAAACCUGAAAUAGUUGCACUAUAUUUUAAGUUCAAAAGAGACAAUCCUAUAUUAUCUCAUAUGUUUGAUUUAAUGAACCCAGUAGGUUCUAUUUAUACAUCUAUGGAUGCAAGAGGUCCUCAAGUAAUGUUUGGUGUUGGUGCAUGGGAACAAAUAGUCGAUAGGUUUUUGUAUUGUGCAAACUCUUCAAAGGAAAUGGGUGGAAGUAAAACGAUUUCAGGUGAAAAUUUACCUGCACACAGUCACUACAUAGAUUUAAGUACAUCUCAAGCAGGUUGGCAUAAGCAUAGAUAUUGGGAUUGGUCAGGAAUGACAAAAGGUAAAGGAUAUGAUGUUAAAGACGACGUUAAGUUUGCUAUAAAUUGUUACUGGAGUGACACUCAGGGAGAAGGAAACCAUACACAUUUCGUUUCAGGAUAUACACAAACAACGGGACAAAGUAAAGAUUACAUGCCACCUUACAUGACAGUUUAUGCAUGGUAUAGAGUUCAAUGA